AUGGAAGAAUAUUCAGUUACGCCUCUAAAUGAGGAUCUCAACCUGCAUUCCAGUACUGAAGAUUGUUUACUGCUGUCAUUAGAAAACACGGUUGCGGUUGUAGCUGGAAUUCAAGGACAGACUGAUGACUUUGAUUCACCUACUGAGAGAGAUACAGCACUUCAGUUACAGCUAGAUGAGAUAACGGACAAUACGCACUGUACCAUACCAUUAAUUGAUCAGGAAUUCAGAGAUCUUAUGAAUUAUGGACGUCAAAGAGAAGCAAAUCCUGCAUUUAUUAAGAUCAAUACGACAGAACAGACUCCUUCACGGUGCCUCUUAACUUAUCCGCAAAACUCGCACGUGGAACAGCUAUAUCAGGACCCCAAAUUAUCCAGUUCAAUUUCUGAAGGGCAAACAAAAAGAGGAAGUUACCGUUGCGCUCAUUGUUCUGAAAAGUUCGCAACAUUGCUUGAGUUUGCCGCGCACUUGGACGAAUUCAACCUUGAAAGACCGCGUAAGUGCCCCAUAGAGCAAUGUCCCUGGAAAAUAUUGGGUUUCCAACAGGCAACUGGCCUAAGAAGACAUUGUGCCUCCCAACAUAUAGGAGAGCUUGAUGUAGAGAUGGAGAAAUUGUUAAAUCUAAAAGUAGAAAAGUACCCGGGACUAAAUUGCCCAUUUCCCAUCUGUCAGAAAACUUUCAAGCGCAAAGACGCCUAUAAAAGGCAUGUGGCCAUGGUGCAUAAUAACGCUGAUUCAAGGUUCAACAAGCGUUUGAAGAAAAUGUUGAAUAAUAUUUCCAAAUAG